AUGGGUUCUAAGACGUCAAGACCAGUAGACCCUCCAGCUGUAGAACCUCUUCCACCGACAACUGCAGAACGAUCCAUGGAUGCCCUGGUGCAUGGAUGCCAUUCUUUAGAACUUGGACAGGUCAAGCUCAAUCAUGAUUGCCAUAAAGAUUUCACAAAACCCAUGUGUGCGAGAUGUCCAAUCGUCCUGUUCGUUUUGUUUCGUGUCGGUGUGGCUGGAUACGCCUUUGUCUUCCUUAUCUACCACCUAACGCGGGAAAUAACAGGUCGUAUAGGCGCGAAAACGUUCAUCUACUUGGAGACCUGGACCUACACGGCCAUCACUCUAUAUCUCCUUCUCUCAUUUGUGAACGUUGUCAUAGAUAUCUAUCAAGAAUACAAAUCAUUCACCCUGGACGUUUCGACAGGACACACCCCCUGGCGCCUCAGACUACAAUGGCUGUUCUUUAACAUCUCUCUUUCAUCUUCCUGUGUUGGAGCUGUUACAUUCUGGGUAUGGGUCAUCGUGACAGGUAUAAGUCCAACAACACGAGCUUAUGAGAUCAUCAAUCUCCAUGGUAUGUGGGUCAUCAUCGCUUUUCUCGAAGUCGGUGUCGUUACAUUUCCCCUCCGCUUUGAGCACAUCGUCUACCCACUCAGCUUCGGUCUCAUCUACCUCAUCUUCGCGCUCAUCUACUGGGGCGCAGGAGGAACAGACCCCUAUGGCAAUCAUUAUAUUUACAUCUUUCUUGACUUCGGUAAACAUCCCGUCCGAGUGAUCUUUGUGGUAGCUGGAGAGAUCACUGGAACUUUCCUGAUUCAUGGAUCAUUUGCACUCUUCUUUCUCUAUAGGGAGAAAUUUUUCGCAAAGUGUUGUCCGAUUGACAAGGAGCCUGAUGGUGAGGAGCUUGAAACCUUGACAACGACAAAAUAUGGAACUUCAACGAAUGAGCAUAACAAAUGAGAAUGAAGAGUUUACCAUGCUUUUUUACCUCAAAGUGAAACAGGUAUAAUGUCAAUACCACAAUGGGCUGCUCUGUAAAAACUUUUACUUUACAUACGCCGUACACCGUAUCAUU